GAAGAUCGCCAAAACACGCGCUAGAAGAUUUGCCGCGAAAUCGUGAUGCAUAUUAAUGUAUCUGCAAUCGACUACGUCACGGUGUGUGAUGCCUGUGAUACGCUCGCGACCAUUGUGGAAUUGACAAGGCAAGUACAAGUCACGUGCCUCAUGAAGGCUUAAAUUCCACCUCGCAUUUCCUCAGCUGGUCGAAAUUCGCUACCGGUUAUUGGGGUGCAAUUUGAGAGCACGGUAGUAGCGAGCCUGACAGCAUACCGAGUGUGACGGCGACUGCCUGCGACCACUCCCUAUAUAGAACAGCUGUAUAUUAAAGAUCACAAGCUCACGAUGAAGUACGACCUGGUUCCGACUGACACCGAAGCGCUCAUCGUCUACAGAGACCGCUACGAUGACGGAACGGGGGACUCGGAUAACACCGACACUACCCGAAGCGAGGAGAACGACCAUCGGAUGUCUUACGCCACUUCAGACGAAAAUGACGACGACGAUAUGCUUCACCACGACCACGACGAUGAUAUGAUUCAUCACGACCACGAAGACGUCGAUGACAACGUCUUCUCGCCCGCGAGUCCAGACACGGACAGGUCGGUUCAAGAUGGCGGCUUCAUCUGUCUGCAGAGCAUGCCAAGAUCACUGUUACCGCCAAGACACGUCCUUCUCAACUCGAGUCCGGCUGCACUGGGUCAGGACGGACCUCUGGACCUGCGACAGAAACAGCAACAGAGAAGGCGAUACAGCGAUCAAGAUCGGCCGCCGUCUCCGUUCAGGAAGAUAGCUCGACGGAUGUUUACCAACAGUCGGGAGCGAUGGAGGCAGCAGAAUGUUAAUGGGGCCUUUGCCGAAUUACGGAAGCUCGUACCGACCCAUCCGCCUGAUAAGAAGUUGAGCAAGAACGAGAUUCUCCGUUUGUCGAUUCGUUACAUUAAUCUUUUAAACCAAGUCCUAGAGUUUCAAAGUCAACAGGAUUUCGGCCACGAGUUGACUGACCGACAUGAUCUUAGAGCAGACGGCACAAACAUUAGCCAGGACACUGACAUCCAAAAUGCGCAACAACGGUAUUCCGGAACCUCCCCCUCUCCCCACUCAUUUUCAGCCAGUGUGAGAGGAGAUAGAGGAGCAGACGACACUUCGCCCUUGACAUAAAAGAAGGUCAAUAUGUAUUCAGUGUUGAGGUUCUACAAAUGUUGGACAAUAUUUAAGUAUAUCAAUGACUGUUGUGUUUGAAUGACCCUAGUGAUGCUUGAAAUUAGUGACUGGAAUCACGAACGUCCAAACAAGUGAUCAAUAUAUGAGAGAGGUGUCGUAUGGUCCUCUCCUAAUCUAUCUGCUCUGAACCUUCUCAACAUCGGACGUACUUUCAUAUGUACAGUUUCAUUGUUGUAACCAGUUUAAUUGUCUUUAUUGUGAUGAGGUCUUGUUCUACUGUCACAGUGUUUACACCCCGUGAAGCCCCGGGUUUGAACUGGUCUUCACAUCUUUGUCGUAAGAGGCGACGAACGGGAUCGGGUGGUCGGCUCGCUGACAUGGUUGAUGCAUGUCAUCGUAUCCCAAUUGCGGGGAUCGAUGCUCAUGAUGUCCAUCACUGGACUGUCUGGUACAGACCCGAUUAUUUACAGACCGCCGUCAUAUAGCUGGAACAUUUCUGAGUGCGGCAUUAAACAAACAAACAAACAAACAUACCAUUUACACGGAAAGGCGUAUCAAGUCAAUCGUAUAAGAAACGCCCAAGCUGAACGUUAGGUAGUCCAUCUAGUCACCUUUGAAAUUAACAAUCAAUCCUUGCCCAGAUCAAAUGUAUAUGAAGCUGAUGUAGAUAACGCAACUCACUUUCAGUUGCAUAAUGUCCAAUAUCAUACGUAGUGAUACGCACCAUGCUGUAGGAGAGCUUCACUUUCUCGUUCCAGCAUCUUGUUCAGGCUGAGCAUGAUAUAGGCUGAUACAGGCUGGUUUUGUCGUUUUCUCCCCGGUAAUUCUUAUUUGCCGUGUAAUGCAUAUCUUUGGCAGCUAUUUUUUUUCUCUGAAAGGAGGAUUCAGACAUUGUUGGGGACCCACGACACAUUAUUUUUCGGAUCAUGCAGAAUAUCCUGUAGUUGGUUUUUUAACUCUUGGAUAACCUGAGGACAAGUAUUUUUUCGGGAUCAGGUGAUUUAAAAAAAAUUAUACCGACACCCCCAAAUCAUGAAAUAGUCCGCCCCUUAGUGAAAAUACAUGAUUGAAUUUUGGUUUAACACCCGAAGUGAUGCAGGCCUCAGACGCUCACAACUUUGUUCAAACCCACGAGAACGAGUAUGGUGCUGACAAACCUAGAAACAUAAUCGGGGCCAACCGGGAUGAGAUCCAUAUAAAAAUGUAAAAGUAAGAAGUGUGCAUUAUAAUUUUUUGUGUGUAAAAUAUGUACUAACGUUUUAAACACAGCAAUUCAGAUCAGUAAUAUCUGUUUUUCCACCAUGUAUCCCUGACAUAAACAACGUAUUGAUAAUAUCCUUUAGUGUUCCAUAUUCCAAACACGCAUUAAGAUCAAUGACUUCGAUACUCGUCCCUAUCGUGAGAAUCUCUUGAAGUUGUUGUCAUCCCUGACUCACUGUGUCGGGAAACAGGCCCCGAGCUCCCGAGUUGGUUUCCUUCCGUGCAGGGAGAGAGCAGGUGCUUGUCUCAAGUGGGGCAGGGUGCUUGGGACAUUUCUCGGCCGUGUCAUCAUAGGCGCCAUGGCUUUCAUCAUCACAUCUGAUGUAUAUCUGUGUCCCCUGUUAAUGUAUUGCUAUUCCUACAGUCGAUAGUGUGUAUAUGAUGAAUCAAGUGGCCAUAACCCUGGUUAUUUAUGAAUAAUUCCCCGUUGAAUAUAUUUGGAAUGAGAUGUCAGGUAUAAUAAUAAUAAUAAUAAUAAUAAUAAUAAUAAUAAUUACUAAAACCAAUAGAAGUGUUUUGUUUUCAUCAUAGUUAAUUAUAGAAUCGAAAUAUGUCGGCAAGUCCGUGUUGCCGUUCAAGGCUUCAACAUUCUUAAAAAUACAAGAUUUCGUGUUAGUAAAAUAACGUUUGUGCCUUGAGUAAAAGCACAUAGCUACAAAAGAUAAUGCUAAAAUACCCGCUUCAUAAAUUCACUGAGGCCAAAACAGUUAACAAAAGGGAUAAUUUAUAACAUUUAUUUUGUCCAAAGUGAGAAACUGGUGGCGAUUUUGUUUGGUUUUAGAAAUGACAAAUUUCUCUUAAACAACUGAACUCAAUCUCAAUUAAAAAUGAUAAUGAUUUGCAUGUGUACAAUUUAUGUCAAGCGAUCCACUACUGUGAUAUGUUAUAGAGAUAACACUAAACUUGAGUAUUGAAUAAUCUCGUUGAGGGCCUCAUGUCUGAUGUACCAGCCCAUAUCGAGGAUAUAAACUGUAACCAAAUUCUGUUCUAUAUUAACAAAAUUUGUGAAAGUACAUGCUAUGCAUGUAUCAGAUAUAUUUAGGUUUGUAAAAUGUCGUACUUAAAUUUAAAUGUUUUUAAAUAUUCUGUGAAAUAUGAGAACAUAUUUCAUAAUUCAUUCAAUUCGUUUUGUUUGAAGGUACAAAGGGAGAUAACUGCUAAUUGAGAUGUACAUCAACGCGGACGGAGCAAUAAUAUUUACCCAGUGAUUUUAGUUAUUUACACGUUUUAUUUUAUAGUCAUGUACAUAUGUAAAUAAAAUCUGUUCAGUGACA